AUGAGCUCCGAGGCGGUAUACAUCCCAGCCACCCAGCCCCACAGCCCCCCAGCCACCCAGCCCCACAGCCCCACAGCCCCCCAGCCACCCAGCCCCACAGCCCCCCAGCCACCCAGCCCCACAGCCACCCAGCCCCACAGCCCCCCAGCCACCCAGCCCCACAGCCCCCCAGCCACCCAGCCCCACAGCCCCACAGCCACCCAGCCCCACAGCCCCCCAGCCACCCAGCCCCACAGCCCCCCAGCCACCCAGCCCCACAGCCACCCAGCCCCACAGCCCCACAGCCACCCAGCCCCACAGCCACCCAGCCCCCCAGCCACCCAGCCCCACAGCCCCCCAGCCACCCAGCCCCACAGCCACCCAGCCACCCACCACCCAGCCACCCAGCCCCACAGCCCCCCAGCCACCCAGCCCCACAGCCCCCCAGCCACCCAGCCCCACAGCCCCCCAGCCACCCAGCCCCACAGCCCCACAGCCACCCAGCCCCACAGCCCCACAGCCCCCCAGACACCCAGCCCCACAGCCCCACAGCCACCCAGCCCUAGAGCCACCAAGCCCCAUAGCCCCACAGCCACCCAGCCCCACAGCCCCAUAGCCACCCAGGCCCAGAGCCCCACAGCCACCCAGCCCCACAGCCACCCUGCCCCAGAGCCCCACAGCCUCCCAGCCUCCCAGCCCCAGAGCCCCACAGCCACCCAGCCCCACAGCCACCCAGCCCCACAGCCACCCAGCCACCCAGCCCCACAGCCCCACAGCCCCCCAGCCACCCAGCCCCACAGCCCCACAGCCCCCCAGCCACCCAGCCCCCCAGCCACCCAGCCCCACAGCCCCACAGCCCCCCAGCCACCCAGCCCCACAGCCCCCCAGCCCCUGAGCCCCACAGCCACCCAGCCCCACAGCCCCCCAGCCACCCAGCCCCACACCACCCAGCCCCACAGCCCCCCAGCCACCCAGCCCCACAGCCCCCCAGCCACCCAGCCCCACAGCCCCACAGCCCCACAGCCACCCAGCCCCACAGCCCCACAGCCCCCCAGACACCCAGCCCCACAGCCACCCAGCCCUAGAGCCACCAAGCCCCAUAGCCCCACAGCCACCCAGCCCCACAGCCCCAUAGCCACCCAGGCCCAGAGCCCCACAGCCACCCAGCCCCACAGCCACCCUGCCCCAGAGCCCCACAGCCUCCCCGCCUCCCAGCCCCAGAGCCCCACAGCUACCCAGCCCCACAGCCACCCAGCCCCACAGCCACCCAGCCACCCAGCCCCAGAGCCACCCAUCCACCCGGCCCCAGAGCCACCCAGCCACCCAGCCCCACAGCCACCCAGCCCCACAGCCACCCAGACAUCCCCACAGCCAACCAGCUACCCACCCACCCAGCUACUGCAGUCCCACAGCUCCUCAGCCACCCAGCCACCCAAACCCCUCAGCCACCCAGCCCCACAGCCACUGCAGCCCCACAGCAGGUUGGAGCUGGAGAUGGGUUGUCUCCAUAAAUAUGACUGA